AGAAUGUCGCGUAUGGGGAAAAUUGAGCAUUCCAGGACCAAAACCUUAUUUGUUUUAAAAAAUGGAAUAAAGAGAUUUGUUGAAAGAAACCUCAAAAACCAACAUCAUGAACUCCUCAAGGAGAUUUCUAAAAGUGCGAAUGAUCGAGGGAUUUUCAGUUGUUCAGAAUGUACAAAAGAGAACUUACUUACAGUACAUUCAAAGGAUUCGUGUCCGUCAAAAAAAAGAUGUCUUUGCAAGAAGAAAUCAAUAGACUUGAGACCUUGUCCAAACGGAAUAUGUGACAAAGUUUACGAGAGGAUCAUCAUGCUUCACGCCACAUAUUCUCCAAACAUAAAGAACACUAAUAUUAGCCGUUGGUGUAAAGACUAUAUGGAACUAGCCAAGUGCUUUAUGUUACAUAACCCCGAGUCUAUUGCUAAAACUGAUUUGAUGGACCUUUUACAUAUAAUGGCCAACAAUACUCCGAUUAGAAAGAAACUAGGAUUAUUAAAAUAUAACGGAUCGGAACCCGAGGAGGACUUCCUAAAUGAGGUUAUCCAGUGCUGCAAAAGAAUUCGACGACAAGGCCAGGUUGAUACAAAACUGUAUCUUGAAACAUAUCACUAUCAGAUGAUAAUGCUAUUGCAGGCUGUAUCUGAUAAAAACUCCAAAAAGGCUAUUUCUACACUUACAAAGGAGCUUCAAAAUAUAAAAGAGACUGAGAGCGGGUUUAGCUUUAAACUAGCAGAAAUGCCACAGAGCAUGAGCAAAGAAGACUUUCUGAAACGCAUUGAGAAGCAUUUUGAAGACUAUUGGAUUGACGCAAAAAACGAUUUUGAAAAUGCAGAUGACAGUAUCCAAUUAGAUUUCAUACAAAAUGUGAGCAUUUUAAAAGACCCAGAAAAAGUCAUAGAUACAGAUCAUAUCCCUCGUCACAUUUUAAAGGAAACCACCAUGACGCAAGAAAUUCUAAUUGAAAAUAAAAAUCACACAGAGAACCUAGUUUUUUACAACUCAAGCCAUGAAAAAGAUUGGUUUUUGACAACAUUUUAAGAUGGAAAUUCCAGUGUAAUCAGAUUAAAGAGUUUACAAACAUACUGAUUUUGUCUGAAUUAUAUGCUAAAAAGCUGAAAGUUUCUAUCUUGGAAUUAUGCACCAUGGCAUACAAUGCUCUAGAAUCUGAGAACGAUUUUUUGGUAGUUGUCGACACAUCAAACGAACUUAUUGAGAGUUGUUUAAAACAGUUUGAAAACUGUAAAAAGAGGCAUACUUUUGUGCGCCUAAUUUCAAUGACAAAGCUGUUAAAAUACAGAAAUCAAGACACACAAAUUCUUUUACUUGGGGGAAUAAAAGAACUAAUUAUAAGUGACAGUGAAAGGGUAUAUCUUUCAAAAAAUCCAGAAAGUAUAAAGUGCUGCUUGCAUAGAUGUUUCAGAAAGAUAAAAGGCCGGACUUUAGAAACAAUUACAUUUAAGAACUUGGAAUUUGAAGAGCAGCUGACUAAGAUUAAGGUCCCGGCUAGAGAUGGUUUGAAAAUUAUCAAACUGAAGGGGAGUAAAAUGAUCCCGGCUGCAAAUUUUGAACAGCUUGAACUAAAAAACGUUUCAUUCAAAAGCUCUGAGAUCAAAACUCUCUGUGAGAAUGUAAGGGGAAUAAAAUCGUUGUUCAUUUCAGGAAAUGAGAAACACAUUUUUGAAAAUAUGAAAAUAAUUACAUCAUUUUGGUACUAUUGUCCCACACUUGAAAUGAUUGAGACAGCAAAAUGUACGAUUGGUCAAAACAAGUUGUUCAGAAUUAAAAUUGAAAAGAAUGAGAUUGAUGAAUGCUGUAAAUUUUCUUUCUCCAAGCACAGUAGUUCUUGUACGAUAAAUGAGUUAACAUGUAUGGUGCAUCAUGUGAUCAACAGACAAAUGCUAUCGCAAUUUACAAGAGACGAUUUCGAAAACUCGAACGGGAAGGCAGAAAAGCAGUUCAUAAUGGAUGCUAUAUGCUACCGUCUUCUGCAAAGACAUGACAGUUACGUAAGUGUUUAUCCGGCUAAAUACAAAGGCGAGGGAGAAACAACUUUAGUUUGCUUAACAAAAGAAAACAAUCAGAAUGUUUUACUCCAAACUUUACCAGAUCUUGAGCAAAGACGUGAAUAUGUAGGCUUCAAAACAGAGGAAAAAAAUGUAUAUUCCUUCUCCGCGGCAAACGUUUCAUGUCCACAAGAAGUAUUUGAUGAUCAGCUCAAGAAGUAUUAUGUGAAUCAUUUUGAUAACAUAAAUGAAGUCAUUGCAUUUCAUGCGGAACGAUUACUGAAUGAACAUAAAAACUUGAUUUCCGUUUCUGUCAGUUUAGGAAAAGUAAGAAAUGAAUAUGUGGAUGUCACCUUAGGUCCGCAUAUUGUGUUGUAUGUCAAUGCAAAGUCUUACAUACCAUUUUUUGAAAAAGCGUUUCCCGAGGAAUUAAAACACAACAAUUAUGUAAACAUUGUCUAUCCUGUGGAUGUUCGGGAAGGAUACUUCAUCUCUAUGGCGGAUUCAGUAUCAAAUCGACGGGCUCAGGACAAACUAACAAAACUGGCGAUGGGUUGUAGUAUUGGAGCUGAAAACGGAAAGACCGGGGGAACAAUGGGACCUCUGGUCGAAUAUAAAACUUCAAACAACCUUACAUGCCUGGGCUUUUUGACUGCGUGUCAUAUAUUUAGAAAACCGGAAGACGCUUGCCGUGCACUAAACACAAUUGUUGUCCAACCAUCAGACAUAGAUGAACUUGUGGAUCUAAAUGGUGUGAUAAGGCAAACACCUAACAAAAAGUGUGGACAGAUUGUCGCAUGUAGGUACAGUGAAUAUGUAGAUGCUGCCUUAGUCCGAAUUGACGAGAGACAUCCUACUGCAACUAAUUUCAUCUCACCAACGUACGACGAUUUAAACAAUGCUGGAUUUUCACCGUUUGGCAGUUUUGGUCUCCCGAAAUAUCAACAUGGGAGGUCAUUACAUGAGUCACAACUCACUGUAAGAAAUGGGAAUGCUGAUAAGAGAAUAGUAAAAUUUGGAAAGGUUACAGGCUUGCGCCGAGGAGACCUUAUGCUCGAUCAAACUGUCGUGCGUCUACGUAAUUAUACUCUAAAAGGUCAUUGUCCCUCAAGCCAGCCUCUUAAAGUAGAGUUCCGCCAUGAACUUAAACAUCAGAUGGCUGUUAUGUCAUCACCAGAGAGUUCUUUCUUUCAAAAAGGAGAUUCUGGGUGCGGUGUGUUUCUAGCUGAUAGCAAUAAUGAUCUGUGGUGUAUAGGUGUUGGAAUAGGAAUGCUAAGUGACUCCGUUACAAUUGUCACACCUAUUCAUAAAAUUUUAGAAGAACUUCAGUCGUGUGUUGGAAUCAGUGAAAUACGACUUAAAAGUUUUGAAGCAGAGGAAAUGAUUACAUAA